AUGCAGCGCAACGAGGAGGCAUUGGUGGCCGCUGAACGGUGCAAAUCACGGUCUGGCCCUGAAGCGAAUAACGCAACACGCAAGACCAUGAUGACGUGCACCGAACACAUAUACGACAUUGUCAAUCGCACAAAGAACAAUGUCUUAUAUUUCAGCAUGGCCACCGACGAGCUGUAUGCUUGGUUUUUACAACCACAGAAGGGCAUUGUGCGCUUCCAUGCAGUUAAAAUAAGCGAGGAGUCGUUGAAGAUAUCAUCGGAAAAGCUGGCCGAGCACUCAAAGACAGGCGGUGUCAAGGAGAGUCUCUUAGAACGAUAUAUCAAUAUGGUGCGUGACAACUUAGGGGUGAAUUCCGACUCGGUACUGCACGAGGGAGACGGCAGUGGGUGGCGAGCUUCAACGGAGAACUUACUUGAUGACUUUAGCAGCGAACGAUCUGGAUUCCUGCGCAUGGUGAACCGAAAUCACUUAAUGAAUUCGUCCAACUACUCCCUUAGCUCGCUAUUUAGUCUGGGUUCUGUGGGUGGGUCAGUGGCCAGCCUCCAGGGGUCCACGCGCUCUAUAGGUAGUCUUCAGGGCUCCUCGCGCUCGCGUAGGACUCCUUCAGUGUGGCAAGGUCCAAGCUGCCUACACACUCUAUUUAACAUUCUUAUGGCUCCAUUUGACGACUUAUUGCCCACGGGCGGGGCUGUGUCCAGACAAGGACGAAAGGAAUUAAUUUUGGUGCUCGACAACGAGCUGUAUUUGGUGCCUUUUGCUAUUCUGCGCAGUUCGAAAGAGGACGGCGAAUAUCUAUCGGAAAGAUGUUCUCUAAUAACGGUGCCAUCACUGCAAUCACUGCGGGUGAAGAGUAAGGCGUUGCGUUCCCGCGAACUAGCUGAGAAUUUGAACACCGCCCUCGUAGUCGGUGGUCCACGUAUACCGACCACCUUAGUCGAAACAUGGGGUUGGUCCGAAUCGCCAGCUUCAUUGCAGGAAGCUGCAAUGGUUGCCGACAUGCUGCAAGCCAAAACACUUGCUGGCUGCAAUGCCACCAAAGAAGCAGUUAUAUCCGAACUGCCCACAGCGGAGUGUGUGCACUUUGCGGCCAAUCUAAGUUGGAAGUUGAGCGCCGUAGUCUUGAGUCCCGGUGAUGUCGUCGACUCACAAUCUCAGAAAAGGUUCUACCAGUCGUCGAACGCUGAGAUUUCGGCGGGGCAAGACAACGAUCCACCAGAUCUUUCCGGUGGCAAUAUGGAGUUGCCACAGUUGUCCGACUUCAUACUCUCGUCCUCCGAUGUGUUGAACAUCAAACUCAACGCAAAAUUAGUCGUUUUAAGUUCCUAUCAUUCAAUAGAGCCGAUAACCGGGUCAGGAGUGGCAAACUUAGCUGGCAGUUGGCUAGGGGCCGGAGCUGGCGCUGUUCUGAUAUCACUAUGGCCGGUGCCGGAGACUGCUGCCAAAAUUUUACUCAGAGCAUUUUAUUCGGCAUUACUGCAAGGGGCCAGAGCCGCAAGAGCACUGGCCGAAGCUAUGCAAACGGUUCAGCACACAAAGCACUUCGCCCACCCAGCCAAUUGGGCGGGCUUUCUGUUGGUUGGCGGAAAUGUACGCCUUUCUAAUAAAGUUGCAUUAAUGGGCCACGCCCUAUGUGAACUCAUGCGCACUCCGGACAAGUGUCGAGAUGCUUUGCGUGUAUGUCUUCACCUAGUGGAAAAAAGUCUGCAGCGCAUUCAUCGGGGACAAAAGAAUGCAAUGUACACCACACAAAAGAGCAUCGAAAACAAGGCCGGACACGUAGCCGGAUGGAAGGACCUCCUAAUGGCUGUGGGAUUCCGCUUUGAACCAGCCGCCAACGGCAUACCAUCCAGUGUCUUCUUUCCCCAGUCUGACCCCGAAGAUCGCUUAUCGCAGUGUUCAGCAAGUCUUCAAGCCCUACUAGCCCUAACGCCGUUGACGUUGCAAGCCUUAGCCAAGCUAGUCAGUAGCUCUGAUAUGGCGGACGACAUUAUAGCCGUAAUACGAAACGUUUUAGCGAAAUACCCGCCAAAAGGCAGUCCCGAAUCGGAGACGACUAUAGAAAUUCCUCUUUCGGUGAGAUUGUGGCGUGUCGCAGGAUGCCACGAACUCCUGGCAUCUAUGGGCUUCGACUUGACAGAAGUCGGCCAAGAUCAAGUCACCCUUCGGACGGGAAAACAGGCCAAUCGUAGAAUAUGUCAAUUUGUUUUGCAGGCCCUGUUGGCGCUUUUCGAUACCCAAGAAGCCCCCAAGAGUUUGGGUCUUGACUCGUCCAGCAGCUGUGAGUCCCUAAUUGAAGAUACUGUUAUCACGGAGGCGGUAACACCCAUUGCCACUACAAAUCACACGCAAUUAACUGCAGCAAGCCAUCAACCAUUGACGGCAGACACCAGUAAGCAACCUAUAAAUGUUGGAGUGACCUUGCCUCCGUUGCCCAUAAAUAGAUCGCGCUUGAUAAGUACAGGCAGUGGCGCCUUCAUAUCGUAUGUGCGGCGAAGGGGUGAACCCGAUGGCGGGAGAACGGACAAUGAGUCGAUCCCUGUCCCAGGGGCAGCCUGCAGUUCCUCAUCUAUGUACCCUGCAUUGGACUCCAGUCUAAAUAACACAACAGACAGUGAGCUAUCAGAUGGUUAUAUAUCACAAAGCCACAUUACGAAGACAAACCAUUGUCGUCUGGGAUCGUCAACGCUAAGAGGGCCAGUUCGAGUAUCAAGACCCGGUGGGGGCGGAGAGAGCGAUGCUGCAUUCACACCAAGUCCCCCAGUCACCACACAAAACCCCGUGGAUUCAAAUGUGUCUAUGGCUUUGGCCCACCAAACUAGAAUUCGUAAUUUGUAUUCCGGAACGGGAAUGGGUUAUUUGGGUGAUUCGGCCAUACCGGAACUGACAGCAGCUCCAAGCACAGCGAACCGCAGACCGGAUAGCUCUAGUUCCGCCAGUUCCACCACUGAUUGGGAAGGCUCUGGCCACGCUACAGUCUUGAGAAGAGGCGUACAUAUGCCCCCUCUACCACCGCCCAGGCAAAAUAUGCCAUUAGUUGACAGUUUGAGACCGCUGGCACCUAUGGUCCCUGUAUAUAAUAAUUUAAAUGCCAAUUUGCCAACGUCCAACUCAACGGGCAACGUUGCCGACUCGAACAGUAGCGAGUCUGAAUUCGAAAGGAGCUUAAAAGGUGGCCAAGUGCCAAUGUCGCAGUUCCGACUGAAGCCAAAAAUCAAGCUAGGGAGUGCACAAACAUCGGUUGCGGCUAGGGUCAGCAAGGAGCAUGCCCUAUUUAUGGACCGACUGAAUGUAAGAACGGAACCAAACCCACAGGGGUCGUCGGUAAACCCAAUAUCAUCCACGCAUACGACAUCUACAAAUAACACCGCUGGCAGCCGAAAACCCAUCAAUUUACCCGAUGACGAUGACAGUGCACUGGUUUUCAAUGCAUCCAAUAUGUACUAUCCGCAAGCGGACAGUGAUCUGCUGCCGGAGACCAAGAAAGAACACAAACCUAAUGCUACCUCUAAAACAAAUCAAAAAACUAUUCAGGACUCCAUAAUGCGCCAAAUGAACCGAGAGAUGACGCCGACCAUUUCGGAAGUCUAUCAUGAACGCAACUUGGGACUGGGUUUGGCCCCACCGCUCUCCCAGCUAUUACUCAGCAAAAACUACGAAGAAGCUGAAACCUGCAAGCCCACACCAGCCAACAGCAUUGCCCUGAAAAGUCUGGCCGAUGCUGGCAACGACAUUGAAUUAAGUGGUGGUUGUUCGACAUCCUCUGUUAGCACGAGAAACACUAAACACGCAAAGUUGCAUCGCCGCCAACAGCGGGCACGGAGACGAAUGGUCGGCAUGCGGUGA